UCUUCUCUCCUCUCCCUCUGAACAGACCGCAGACAUGGCUCCGUGAGUGGACACAUGGCAGCUGUUAGCCAUGGAACAGAAACUACUCACCAAAAACUGACCAUGACUCGAUAACAGCCUUUUUAUUCGUUCCUUUCAAAAUAACUCAACUCCUGCAAUAUCACACUCCGUUACCAACCGGCUGUCAGUCACUGUCAACGGGAGAGCCGCCUCAGCCGUUACUCCCUCCGGUUUCAUUUCCUCCAAUAGUUUGUUUGUUUUUUUUUCUGUCACCGUCUACUUCCAGUUGUCAUCAUGGGCGUCCAGGGUUUACAGGAGUACAUCGAAAAGCACUGCCCCGCCGCUGUGGUGCCGGUGGAGCUCCAGAAGCUGGCCCGGGGCACUCUGGUAGGAAGUGACCGGGUGAAGCCCCCUCAGAGUCCGCUGAGGCUGGUGGUUGACGCCGAGAACUGCCUGCACCGGCUCUACGGAGGCUUCUACACCGACUGGGUGAGCGGGGGGCAGUGGAACCACAUGCUGGGCUACCUGUCCGCCCUCUCCCAGGCCUGCUUCCUCGGCCACAUUGAGCUCCUGGUGUGUUUCAACGGCGCUCUGGAGAAAGGCCGACUUCACGAGUGGGUGAAGCGGCAGGUGAACGACCGGCAGACCGCCCAGCAGAUCAUCAGCCACGUCCAGAAUAAGGGCACCCCUCCGCCCAAAGUCUGGUUCCUCCCUCCGGUGUGUAUGGCCCACUGCAUCCGACUGGCGCUCCUCAGGUUCGGCGUCGGGGUCGUCCAGACCAUCGAGGACCACCACCUGGAAGUGAUAGCUUUAUGCCGGCAGAUCGGCUUCCACGGUCUGGUGGCCUACGACUCAGACUACGCUCUGUGCAACAUCCCAUCCUACUUCAGCGCCCACGCACUCAAACUGAGCCGCAACGGCAAAAGCCUCACCACCAGCCAGUACCUGAUGCACGAAGUAGCACAGCAGCUCAAUCUCAACCCAAACCGCUUCGUCAUUUUCGCAUCACUUUUAGGAAAUCACAUACUGCCUGAUGAAGACUUGGCUGCCUUUCACUGGAGCUUACUCGGUCCAGAGCAUCCUUUAGCAUCUUUAAAGGUGCGUGCCCACCAACUCGUGCUCCCUCCCUGUGAUGUCGUAAUCAAAGCUGUGGCCGACUACGUCCGCAACAUCCGAGACAUCACCGACCUGGAGGCCAUCGCGAAGGACAUCUUCAAGAACUCACAGUCGUGCACAGAUGACAAAGUGAUCCGCUUCCAGAAGGCAGUGGAGUACUACUCAGCGGCCAGCAAACCCACACAGUUAGUCAGACCAAACCACAUGGGAGUUCCUGCUGCAGUGCCACAACACGCGUGUCCAAAACUGCUCAACAUUCCACUGGUGCCGCUGCCUGUUAAACCUGAGGUCCAGCAGUCGUACACAGAGCCACCGCUGGAGAAAAGCUUCAGCAACAUUCCUCUGGAAGGGAAGCACACACCGCUGUACGAGAGGGCCUCCCCCAUCAACCCGGGCCCCAACCACGCAGAGGCCGCCUUCUACAAUGCCUCCUCCGCAUCGUCCUCCUCGGAGAACGACGAGAGCACAGGCACAACUGCCAAUCAUGUUAGUGACCAUAAAGGAGAGUGGGAGAAAAAUGGGAACGUUCCUCAUUCUGUAAUCAGCGCAGAGCCAGACCUGGGGGACCAAACUAAAGCUGACCUCUCUGUGACCUCUGCCGGGGGCCCGGGGUCACAGGCCGGAGGCGUCCACAGCCUUAACGCCCAGAUCCCCUCGCUGCUCUCCAUGCCCACCAGGAACCACAUGGACAUCACCAUCCCGCCUCUUCCUGUCGUGGCCCCCGAGGUCCUGCGGGUGGCGGAGCACAGACACAAGAAAGGCCUCAUGUACCCCUACAUCUACCACGUGCUCAGCAAGGGAGAGAUUAAGCUGUCUGUGACCAUUGAAGAUGAAGCUAACAAAGACCUGCCUUCAGCGGUGCAGCUGUUCCGGCCUAUUCGUCAGUAUGUUUACGGAGUCCUCUUCAGCCUGGCAGAGGCCCGGAAGAAGGCUGAGAGACUCGCCAUGAGGAAGAACUGCCUGCCCGAGUAUACACAUGUGAUGGUGAAGGAGUGGGCCGCCUACAAAGGCAAGUCCCCCCACACUCCAGAGCUGGUGGAGGCUCUUCCCUUCAGGGAGUGGACCUGUCCCAACCUGAAGAAGCUGUGGCUGGGGAAGGCCGUGGAGGACAAGAACCGCAGGAUGAGGGCUUUCCUGGCCUGCAUGCGCUCCGACACCCCAGCAAUGCUCAACCCUGCCAACAUUCCCACGCCCCUCCUGGUGCUCUGUUGUGUGCUGAGGUUUAUGUUACAUUGGCCAGGAGUAAGAAUUUUGCGUCGUAACGAACUUGACGCUUUCCUAGCCCAAGCACUUUCUCCUAAACUAUAUGAGCCUGACCAGCUGCAGGAACUCAAGAUCGACAACCUGGACCCUCGAGGCGUCCAGCUUGCCGCUCUGUUCAUGAGCGGAGUGGACAUGGCUCUGUUUGCCAAUGACGCCUGCGGUCAGCCCAUCCCCUGGGAGUACUGCUGUCCGUGGAUGUACUUCGACGGCAAGCUGCUUCAGAGUAAACUCAUCAGGGCCAACCGGGAGAAGGCCCAGCUCAUUGACCUCUGUGACGGUCAGACUGAGCUGGUCGCCAAAGUGGAGAAGAUGCGUCAGAGCAUCCUGGAAGGCCUCAACUUCACUCGUCCUCCUCACCCUCCUCCGUUCCCCCCGCCUCCCCCUCUGCCUCCUCACGGGAUGCCUUUCUACCCCCCUGGUGGCGGCUUCUACCCCCCGCCCCCUAUGAUGCCUCCUCAUGGCCGAGGUAGAGGGGCACCUGCACUUCAAGGAAUCUCGUCCCAGGGUGGGAAGUUGGAGAUCGCUGGCACCGUGGUGGGUCAGUGGGCCGGCAGCAGACGAGGCCGAGGGAGAGGAGGCUUCCCCAUACAGGUGGUGUCUGUGGGCGGACCGAGCAGAGGUCGUCCCAGAGGUGUGAUCUCCACCCCUGUCAUCAGGACAUUUGGCCGCGGAGGACGAUUCUACACUCGAACCUUCAAAAACCAGGGCGUGUACCUGAGUAAACCUGCUCAUAAACCCGUCGCUCUCACAUCCGGACACGACGCCGCCAAGGACAGAAAGAAGUCGGAGGAGACGAAACCCUCGACGGCAGCCACGGAGAACGGCGUGGAGGAUGAGGAUGAUGAGGAGGAGGAGGAGGAAGAGGAGGAGAACGAGGAGGACAAAGAGCCGGAGCAGCAGCUGAACGGAGAGAAAGACGAUGAGCAGCGCAGGGCUCCCAUCCAACCUGAAAGUGCCUUUAGCAGUGACUCCAAGACGUGCAAUACUAAUCCUCACUUAAAUGCACUAAACGCAGACGGCGGCCGCCACGGAGAUGAAGCUCUGGACGCCGCCGUCUCCAAAAAAGAAGAGUAAAAGCUUAUUUUUCUAGAGAGGGUGAAGGAUGGAAGGUGGAACAUGGUUAGGGAAAAGAAAGCCUACGUAAUAUAACAAAAAAAUAAAUAAAUAAAUGUCCUCUCAAAGAAACAGGAUGAAAUUCGGAUCCCUCUCACACUGGAAAAAAUCUAAACCUGACCAAGUGUAUUUUUCUCAUUUCUAGUCCAAAUAUCUCAUCACACUUAAAAUAAGACAGAAUCACCUAAAGAGGAACUUUUCUGUGAGAUAUAAGAAC